AAACACGACUAGAGUGGGUGGGAGACUGGGAAAGACGAGACAGCGAGACACCACUGAGACGAGAGUCAGCCGGCAGGUGAGACAUCGCAGGGGAACCAGCUCUCAAGACGGCCGACGGCCGGCUUGCCUACCUGCUCCCAUCCUUCCCGAGGGACCGAGAAAGAUAAGAAAGGCGGUGGUCAACUUGUGUCCUGAGGUGCCCGUAGAAGCCCAAGGACAAGAAACAAGGAGAAGAGUAGAUCUACAUCUACUCCACCGAUGAGCGCGUCUCGGUUCAUCAAGUGCGUCACCGUGGGGGACGGUGCCGUCGGAAAGACCUGCAUGCUCAUCUCCUACACAUCCAACACUUUCCCCACUGACUAUGUUCCAACUGUGUUCGACAACUUCAGUGCCAAUGUUGUGGUUGACGGGAGCACUGUCAACUUGGGUCUGUGGGAUACAGCAGGACAAGAAGAUUACAAUAGACUGCGUCCGUUGAGCUAUCGUGGUGCUGAUGUUUUUCUGCUCGCCUUUUCUCUUAUCAGCAAAGCAAGCUAUGAGAAUGUCUCUAAGAAGUGGGUUCCUGAAUUAAGGCACUAUGCUCCUGGCGUGCCCAUAAUCCUUGUUGGGACAAAACUUGAUCUGCGUGAUGAUAAGCAGUUUUUUGUUGAUCACCCUGGUGCUGUUCCAAUUUCCACUGCCCAGGGCGAAGAGCUGAGGAAGCUAAUUGGUGCUGCCGCCUACAUCGAAUGCAGUUCAAAAACCCAGCAGAACAUAAAAGCAGUGUUUGACGCAGCAAUUAAGGUGGUUCUCCAGCCACCAAAGCAAAAGAAGAGGAAGAAGAAGGUGCAGAAGGGAUGCACCAUUUUGUAACUACAAACGGUAGAGGGCAACAGUCUGGCUGCGGCGCUGCUGCCAAUGAUAACCAUCGCCUCCUUGCUGUAUAAUAUAUCGCCUGAUCAUGCCACCAGCAUGCACAAGGGAGAUGGUGGUUUUAGGAUCCUUGUCCUACUGUGUUGUGUAGACCACCGGGUGUAGUUGACUGUAUCUGGUUGUUUGUAUGUAUGUACAAGACAAAACUAGCACUGCAGAUGGUAUGGUAAGGCGUAAGCAAAUACAAUAUGACACUGGUCCAGUUCCAGGAAUGAAUGGAAUAUGACAUUGGUCCG